GGCGAUUUCCAGCUUUCUUACUUUCCACACUUCCAGCUUUUUCAUACCGACAAUCAUGUCAGAUACACGCCCAGAAGCACUUAAUUCCACCUUUUCCAAUGACCCGCCCAACCUGGAACCGGAUUCCGAAGACGACGAUCACGCACCAGAAGUUGGGCGAGACAGCAAUGAGGGCUUUUUGGACAACGUACCUGACGAUACAACGGAGUUGGACCUCAUCCAUGAACGCAUAACAACUCUCGAAGGACUUGGGUUAGAGCGAUUACACCAACUACAGCGGCUCAGCUUGCGCCAAAAUCUUAUUACAAAAAUCACGGACUUGAACCAUCUCACGCAACUGGAGGAACUCGACGUGUACGAUAAUCGGAUUACAAAAGUAGAAGGUCUUGAUCAGUUAACAGCGCUGACAUCUCUUGACCUGUCCUUCAACAAAAUUCGACAUAUUGAGAAUCUUGAUACGUUACUCAACGUCACGGACCUGUAUUUUGUCGCAAACAAGAUCUCACGCAUUACAAACUUGGGGCAUCUUGUCAAUUUGAGAAAUCUAGAGUUGGGUGCUAAUCGUAUACGUACGAUUGAAAACCUUGAUAGUCUUGUCAACCUCGAACAGCUAUGGCUGGGCAAGAACAAGAUUGUGAAACUGCAAGGAUUAGAUAACUUAAAGAAUUUGAAAAUCCUUAGCAUUCAGAGUAACCGGAUCACCAAACUUGAAGGUCUGAGCAACCUUCAUAACCUCGAGGAGCUCUAUAUAAGCCAUAACGGAAUCGAAAAGAUUGAGAAUCUGGAGAUGAAUACAAAAUUACGGGUCUUGGAUGUGGGAGCGAAUCGGAUCACCGAUUUGGAAGGCGUACAUCAUUUGGACGCAUUAGAGGAGCUUUGGGCAAACGAUAACAAUCUAUCUUCAUUCGAGCAAAUCGAAACUGUUCUUUCGGACAAACAACACCUCACCACCGUGUAUUUUGAGCGGAACCCACUCGAAAAGGAAGCAAAGGCCACGUACCGAUUAAAGAUCAAGACGAUUUUACCGAGGGUGUUGCAGAUUGAUGCAUCCAUGGUCAGGGCUGCCUGAUUCAGUUGGUUUCGUACUGUUUAUAUAGGAGGCGAGAGAUAUAGAUAUUUUUCGCAGUGUAGAACGUAACAUUUGUUACAGAGUACAUAGUAUAUAGGUUUCCAAGAUAACCAAAAUGGAUCUGACUUUACAUGGCCAUUAUCAUAGCCACAUGAACCAGUAGUAUCCUCAAAGAAACCAAUCCCUUUCAUUAAAAGAAAAAAUGGUAUAGCAACC